AUGGCCGAUGUCGACUACUAUCGGGCCCUGGGCAUCGAGAAGACGGCCACAGAGGACGAAAUUAAGCGCGCGUAUCGAAAGCUCGCCGUCCGCUUCCACCCAGACAAAAAUUUAGACAAUAAAGAGCAAGCAGAAGUCAAAUUUAAAGAGAUUGGAGAGGCGUAUUCAGUGCUCUCGGAUGUUGACAAAAGGCGACAGUAUGACCGUUUUGGCAAGGCUGGAGUCGGAGGAGGCACUGCAAGUAGCGGUGGCGGAUCAAACCAACACCCGUUCCAGGGACAGGAUGCUGAAGAGAUCUUUCGCUCGUUUUUUGGGGGCCAGGAUCCAUUUUCCAUGUUCUCACAGGAAGGUAUGCGGGGCGGAGGAGGCAUGCGCAACUUUGGAGGAUCUCGCGUGCACGUGUCGCAGUUCGGGCCAGGAGGGUUCUCUUUUGCGUCUUUUGGUGGAGCUCCCGGUAUGGGAAUGGGUAUGCCGGGCAUGCGGGUACAUAGAGGAGGCCAGCAACAGCGUGUACCAGGUGGCCCAAACGUGUCCGGUAACAAUGCUGGAGAGCAGGCAAACGGACGUCUCUCACAAUACCGGAUUGGCGGCGGCAAUAUGCUGCUGCUUUUCUUCCUCUUGUGGAUCUUGGGCGUGCCAUUCAGCUACUUGUGGAUCGCGCUCAUGUUGUUCAGCUACCUCGGACUCGUCUAA